CCCCAAUAAGAUCAGGCAUUCGCAUUACACACCACGUACACACACAUAAACCUAUGGACUAUCCAACCUUCUUUCUCUUACUCUCUUUCCUUUUCACAUUCAUCUACGCCUUCACCACCUCCGGCCGCCGCAACUCGCGGCUACCGCCGGGACCUUACCCUUUUCCGAUCAUCGGAAACCUGUUAAAACUCAGCGACAAACCCCACCGCUCUAUCGCCACACUCUCAAAACGUUAUGGUCCUUUGAUGUCGCUUAAGCUUGGAAGCAGAACAACGAUAGUUGUUUCGUCACCUGAUUUCGCCAAAGAGUUCUUUCACACUCAUGAUAUAUCGUUUUCUAGCCGGACGAUUCCGUACACUGCCAGAAUAAUGGACCACGAUAAGUACUCCAUAGCUUGGCUGCCCACCGGAGAUCAAUGGCGUAGACUACGACGAAUAACCAGAGAGUUUUUCUUCUCUGUGCAAUGUUUAGAUGCUACUCAACUCCUUCGUGGGGAGAAGGUACAAGAACUUGUUGACCAUGUCCAUGAAUGUUGUAGAAAUGAAAAGACUGUUAAUAUUGGUGCUGCUUUCUUUACAACAACACUUAACAUUCUUUCCAACUUAAUAUUCUCUGUGGAUUUUGCUGAAUAUGAUACUGAAUCAUCACAAGAAUUCAAGGAAGCAGUGAUGGCGUUAUUGAACUUUGGAGGGAGGCCAAAUCUAGCAGACUUUUUUCCGAUACUAAAACCGUUUGAUCCACAAGGAUUAGUGAGUCAAGGAAAUGUUUAUGGGAAAAAGUUGUUGACUAUCAUCGAUAGGAUAGUUGACCAACGUUUGCAAUCAAGAGUAAGUUCAUUAUCAACAAAUAAUGAUGUUUUGGACUCGCUGCUCAACCUCGUACACGAAGAUGAAUCAGUCUUUAGUCGAGAGGACAUGAGGCAUCUGUUCUUUGCUUUGUUUAUAGCUGGAACCGAUACAACAUCGAGCACAUUAGAAUGGGGAAUGGCGGAGCUUAUUCGUAACCCAGAGAAAAUGGAAAUGGCCCGGUCAGAAAUCGUUAAAAUCAUGCAAAACAAAAGGAGAAAUAUACAGGAAAAAGAUAUCUCACAACUCCCUUACUUACAAGCAGUAAUAAAAGAAACUCUUCGACUUCAUCCACCUGCCCCUUUUCUUGUCCCUCACCAAGCCAUAGACAAUGUAGAAGUCCAAGGUUACAUCGUGCCUAAAAAUGCACAAAUCCUUUGUAAUGUUUGGGCUAUGGGGCGUGACCCUAACAUUUGGUCAGAACCAGAAAUGUUCAUACCAGAAAGGUUUUUGGAAGUCAAGGUUGACUAUAAAGGCCAAGAUUAUGAGUUCAUUCCAUUUGGUUCGGGCAGGAGGAUCUGCCCGGGAUUAAAUAUUGCUCAUAGAAUGUUGCAUAUAAUGUUGGGGUCUUUGAUUCAUAAGUUUGAUUGGAAACUUGAUGGAAAUAUAAGAGCACAAGAUAUGGAUAUGGAGGAGAAGUUUGGACUCACAUUGCCAAGAAAAGUACCACUCAUGGCCAUUCCGAUUAAACUUUGAUGGUUUUUAAAUAAUUGUAUUUGUUGUUUUAGCUCUUGUUGUGAUCAUGGUAUUGGUUUCAUAUAACUUUUAACAAUGUUAGCAUGAUAU